GAAAACAUUUCAAAUUUUCCUAGAAAUAAAAUGGAAUAUUUGACAAAAUACGAAGAAAGAUGAGAAAAUUAGUCCAAUUAUCACGGCAGGAUCAAGUGGUGUCUUGUCUUGUCUUCCUCACAGCUCCCAGAAUGAAGACUUCUUCAUUAUUUUGCAUAACACUCUGGCCAAAAUGGAAGAAGGUACUGAACUUCAACCGAUUCCAGAUGCCUAUGUCCCUGUUAUGAAAUUUAAGUUCCAGGGAAUAUCAUUUGAUCUUCUUUAUGCGAGUAUAUCUCUUUUGGUUGUUCCUGACGUAACUGGAUUUUUAGGAGGUGUUAAUUGGGCUCUCCUAGUUGCACGUGUCUGCCAGCUCUAUCCCAAUGCAAUUCCCAGUAUGCUGGUUUCUCGAUUUUUCAGAGUGUAUACGCAGUGGCGGUGGCCAAAUCCUGUGAUGCUUUGUCCAAUAGAAGCAGAUGAACUUGGUCUAACUGUAUGGGAUCCUCGGGGGAAUCCUCAUGACCGGUUGCAUCACAUGCCCAUAAUAACUCCUGCAUACCCAUGCAUGAACUCUAGCUAUAACGUCUCUCUAAGCACUCUUCGUGUUAUGGUGGAACAGUUUAAAUGUGGUAGCAGGAUGUGUGAGGAGAUUGAGCUGAACAAAGCACAAUGGAGUGCUUUGUUUGAGCCAUAUCUUUUCUCCGAGGCAUAUAAAAACUAUCUACAAGUUGACAUAGUUGCAUCAGAUGCUGAUGAUUUGCUGGCACGGAAGGGCUGGGUGGAGUCACGCCUUAGACAGCUUACUUUGAAGAUAGAGCGAGACACGAAUGGGAUGUUGCAGUGUCAUCCUUACUCAAAUGAGUAUGUAGAUAUAUCCAAACAGUUCCCACAUUGUGCUUUCUUCAUGGGCUUUCAGAGGAAAGAGGGAAUGAAUAGUCAGCAAGGUCAGCAAUUUGAUACACGCGGGACAGCGGAAGAGUUCAGGCAAGAGAUUCAUGGGUAUGUGUUCUGGAAACCAGGAAUGGAAAUUUUUGUUUCUCAUGUUCGGAGGAAGCAGCUUCCUGCAUUUGUUUUUCCUGAUGGGUAUAAACGACCUCGAUCAUCGAGUCCUCUAGGCCAGCAGGGUGGAAGAACCUCUGAAGAUGUUACACAGUGUCGGUCUGGUUCUGCAGAGAGAUAGAUUAAGAGAGAGCAGGAUGAUGUUUUAGUAGAUUCUAAACCAGAGAAGCGGGCCUCUGUCUGCCCCCAGAGGCUUGAGGUUGUUUCUCCAGAAAGUAAUACAAGUAUGUCUGGUGGAAGAUCUCAUGUUAGUUUUGGUGAAGCAGCUAAAUUAGAAUGCGCAACAAAUGGGGAUGUUGAUUGCAAUUCUGUGGUUAGGUCACUUACUGGGCAAGUAGACAGUUGGAAAUU